GAGCAAAAAAGAUGGGCAAUAAAUUCUAUUAUUUGGCAGUGUUCGCAAUCGUUUGCACUGUGGUGUUGGUGGCCAGUGAAGAAGAGCCUGCAAAGAUUACACCUGGCGGCCAUAGGGAAUUGAGUGGCGUUGAACUGGAGCAAGCCAUUGAUAAUUUACACACAACUCUCUAUGAAAUGGCAGCCGGCGAUGGACCCAAUUUCAGGGCAUCCAAAGUGACAAAGGUGACAACACAGGUAGUCGCUGGCACUCUUGUCACCUACAUUGCUGAACUGACCAAGGAGAACACGGAGACCAUCCAUCAGCAAUGCAUUAUUAAAAUCUGGUCCCAGCCAUGGCUCAAAGAGAACGCCACCAACAUUCAAAUUACCUGUGAGGGCGAUGAUGCCAAAUUGGAUCGCACCUGGUGAACUAGUUGAUAAUAAUAUGUCCAUAGAUCGGAAAUAGUAUAAUAAUUGUAGUAAAAUAUAAUAUUUUGAAUAAAUUCAAUAAUUAAUCAA